GGUAGGAAAGAUGCAUAACUUGUGUUUUAAAAACGUUUCGCUCUUGAGUUAUUGAUCCCGGAAGUUGAAUGUGUGAAUAUUUCCAACUUUACCGACAUGAUUCCCAGUGAAUCUUGCAUACGUCAUGAAGUGUUGCGUCAACUUGGGUUUUAACUUUCACUUUUGAUCUCAAUUUGAAGUGGAGCUGCUCCGUGUGUUCUCGGUUUGCCUCUUUUCUCACUUCGACAGAAAAUCAAACCAGAAACGAAAUACAGAAGCGGUCAUGACUGACGUGUGCGAUAGCCGCCCGAUAAACGGCCAGGCAGACGGUGGUCUGGAAGAGGACGCCAGCGGGUUGGAGGAGGCCAGGAAAGAGCUGGAGACAUGGAAGGCUAAAACAGAGCGAGCUGAUGAUGUGAAAGCCAGGCUGAUAUUGGAAAAACUGGAAGAAGAUGAGGCCAAGGCAAAGGCCCAGCAGGAGAUGUUGGCUUAUUUUAAACAGCAGGAGGAGUGUCAGAAGGACUUCAAUCAAAGCAUGAACGCAGUGCAGGAACAGAGCCUGCAGCUGUCCCGCCGCAGAAAUGACCUGCUGGAGAAACUGAAGAGUUAUCAGGCUCAGCUAGAAGCCAGGAGGGCUGAGUCCACCAAACUGAAGCAGAAGUUCAAGAUCUACGCUCAGAUCCCAGAAACAGAGGUUAAGUUCAGUGCUCCGGUUGAAGAGGAGGUGGACGGCGACAGCCAGACAAUCAGAGGAGUUUUUGCCAUCAGCCAGAGAGCCGGUGUGCUGCUGCAAGGAGGACAGGCGCUCAUCACCUUUGAGGAGGAAAAAGUGGCCUCUCAGGUCUUGAAGAUCGCUAAGUGCUCUGUGUCCUGUGAGGACACAACUGUGGAUGUGAAACCAAAAAGAAUAACUAUGGAUCCUGUUGUUAAGUUUGAGGUGCACCUUGAUUUGUCCAGAAAGGAGCUAAAGCUGACCAACGUUCCCCCCUCCAUGUCAGAGGAGAGGGUAGCGGACCGGCUGGAGGUGAGCUUCUCCAGGCCCAGCAGAGGAGGAGGAGAGGUGGAGAGGGUUGAGUAUGAUAAAAACACGAGGACCGGACGGAUCACCUUUCUCUGCCCUGGAGUGGCUGACAACCUGGCCCUGACAGGAAGUUACAUUGUGGAUCUGAAUCCGGAGGUGAAGGUUCAGAUCGGCCACAGUUACAGUUACCAGCUGCGCAAGUUUCAGACCUUCUGUGGCGCUCCAAAGCGCACCAUCCUCCUGGAUGAUAUUGAGGACAAGGAGGACGAGGAGGACCUGCAGGACCGCCUGGAGAUCCACUUCCAGAAGCCUAGCAACUAUGGCGGGGAGAUUGAGAGCAUCAAGUACAUCAGCCGGGGAAAGAAGGCUCUGCACGCCCUGUUCAGCGAGGACCGUCUCUAGCUUGGAGCCUGUGUAAUGGCAAUUAAGAUAAAUUCUAUUCUAUAUAUUCUAUACUGCAGCCGCUGGAAAGGUGUUGGCUCUUGCCAUUGUUUGUGAUAUGAUAGUGCAUGGAUAUAUUAUGGAAAUUAAAUUUGCUGUCCUGCUGUGUAUGAUAUGAGAUGUACAUCUCUGUGUGUUUGAUUCUUUAUGUUUGAUUCUAUGUCUUUUAUGUAUUUGAUUCUUUGGGAUUGACUCUAUGU